AUGGUUACUGAGGCCGAAACGACUACUCCACGUAGUCUUCCAGGAGCUAAAGCCAUGAUGAUGAAGUCUGUCCUUCGGAUGACUUGGAUAGGACUACUGACUUUCGCCUGUGUAAUGGCAUAUGUACAUUCCCAUGGACACUUGAUGAUGCCUCCGAAUAGAGCAUCAAUAUGGCGUCUCGGUUAUAACGUGAAACCCGACUUUAAUGACGCUGGCAUGAACUGCGGAGGAAUAUCUCACCAGCAUCACUUUAAUGGUGGCAAAUGCGGCAUAUGUGGCGACCCCUACGAUGAGCCACGACCUCGCAAGCAUGAACUUGGAGGUAUCUACGGCGCGGGGAUCAUCGUCGCCCACUACCAACCGGGCCAAGUCAUGUCUACCAACGUGAACCUCACCGCCGCUCACAGGGGCUUUUGGGAACUUCGCAUCUGCACCGAACCUUACUACCAAGAGCAAGCUUGUUUCGACAACGGCUAUCUCUUGCAACUCGUUGGUGGUGGAACUAAAUACUAUCCGCUAAGAGAAUCUGGGUCCUACAACGUGGCUUACCGCCUCCCUUCUGAUCUAACCUGUGAACAUUGUGUUCUUCAAUGGAAAUACACUUCUGGCAAUAACGCCGGAAAAUGUCCCGAUGGAACACGUCGGUUGGGCUGUGGAAUUCAAGAAGAGUUUUAUUCCUGUGCGGAUAUUGCUAUUGGAGAAAGUUCUGAUGCAAAGAAUGCUGAUGAUGGUGGAAGGUAUAUGGUCAAUAAGCUGUCGCCUCUGCACCGUGGUGCUCAUCCAAGACACUGA